UGUAUCCUCAGAUAGCAUCACAAGACUCAUUUACAUUCGCCUCCAUCUACAUUAAACUGGAAAUAAUGUCCGGAUGAUUUAGCGGCUGCUUAGGAAACGCACUCCCGGAGUCCGCAUUCUACUUUAUUAAGAUUGCCUCUAUAAAAUCGCCAGAGGACGCAGCCUAUGUAUUUACCAGGAGGGCGAUGCAAGCAGAAUUAUGGGCCUUUUGGAUGGGAACCCUUCGUUCCUACAUACUCCAUCCACUAUUGAUCUACAGAGAAGGUAUGAGGCGGAAUCUAAACGUUUACUCUCAUUAGAAUUACAUCUGACUACACUUGCUGAAUACUUUAAACAUCAACGCAUACCAAGAGGAAUGCGGAUACAACCACAUGAUAAUUCUUUUUCACAUGAUGUAGAUUUCCGUGCCAGAUAUGAACAGAUCUCAAAUAAGUAUUCAUUGGAUCUUAUACUAUUACAACUUGAAUUUCUGCAACGUGAUGUGGGGGUUUCCAAGAAAAAAUUAUUGGACUUGGACUUUGCAUUAAAGGAACAUCUAUUAACUGUUGAUUAUGAAAAACUGGUGUGCAAACAAGAUACUUUUCUAACAAAAUUUAGAAGUGAACAAGAGGAUUCAAAGAGACUUAAAUGGGCACGUGACUCUGGCGAUUAUGAUAAUGGCAAAGUGUAUAGGUGGGGCAUACCCACAGUACAGAAUAAAAGACCGGUCAAUAGGAGGAUGCGUGAUGGCAAUAGACAGACUGAUAAAAAUGUGGAUAUAAAUGCUGAUAUCUCUACUGUUCCCUCUACAGACCAUGCUGAUUUUUUAGGCACCAGAGACUCAUUCGCCACAAACGUACCAGAAGAGGAGGGCGGAGACACAAACGGAUUUGUCCGUACCAGGGGACAGCGAACUGCAAUCAACAACAAAACUAUGCCGUCCAAACAGAAUCCAUCAAGGAAAAUAACAAAAAAUUAG